GCGAGACUACCAGGCAACGUUGAGAAGCGACAUGUGGUUCACUGAAGCAAACUUCACUAGUUUUCUAUGUGACAAGAACAUUUUUUAGUAUGCCUGGAGAAAAAGAGAUGAUGCAACAGCAACAAGUCCACAAGUCGUUUUUGUUCGGUUGUGUUAGUGGGUUAUCAUCUACCGUGCUUCUGCAGCCUCUAGAUGUUGUGAAAACGAGGCUUCAACUACGUUCAGGAAUAUCUUCACGCCUGGCGAGGAAAAAUGGCAUGACAUCUGUGUUUCUACAUAUCUUUCGCAGUGAACAUCCUCUCGCACUCUAUAAAGGUUUAUUGCCAUCAAUGGUCCGAAUAGUUCCUGGUGUUGGAAUCUAUUUCUCAACUCUCACUUUUCUAUCCAAUCACCUGAAUUUGCAUCCAUCACCUGUACAAUCACUAUUCGUUGCUGCCGUUGCUAGGUUUUGUGCUUGUGUGGCAUUGCAUCCAUUUACUGUUAUCAAAACACAGCUUGAAAGUGGUCUGUUUAAGUAUUCUGGUAUGCUUCAAGCAAUAAAGGAAAUAUCAAGGGUUGGAGGAUUGAAAGGUCUCUACAGGGGACUAGGAGCUACCGUUGCGAGGGACGUUCCAUUCUCCAGUUGCUACUUCAUGUUUUACAAUAUGAUGAAGCAAUCUGAAUUGUUUGAGUCUUACUUUGUUGUUCCACCGUCUGCUGCACAUUUUUUGAGUGGAAUUGUAGCUGGUACUUUGGCUUCACUUAUUACUCAUCCUCCUGACGUCAUUAAAACUCGUUUGCAAGCUGAGCCACAACAGUAUAGACAUGCUGUUCAUGCAUUUGUAGACAUUGUACAAACAGAGUCUCCCAGGACUUUCUUUAGUGGGAUUCUUCCGCGAUUAAUAAGGAGAACGUUAGUGGCAGCAAUCUCAUGGACUGUUUAUGAAAGGCUCUCAGUGAAGUCUAUCUCAUGAAGUUUUUCACAUCUAUACCCAUUAGACGACACUAACAGAUUCCUGUAGUUAGUUUAGCGACAUGUGUAGAUUGCUAAUUAAUUUAUUAAGGUUGUUUGUGCACGCAAGUCUAGCAACAUGCAGUUUACAUACAUGUACGU